CUUCAGUGUUGUACUCGGUCGCUACGCCACCUCGCGCUCCUUCGGCUGUUGUUGGCUUUUACACGUGCGUUCGAAUCGGGGGCACCGGCGCCACUUCUGUUUGGAUAAUUUCCCGCGUUAAACUUGACAGAUUCCAAUGGGACUGCAGAUAGUGUUGCUGAGUGCCUGCUUGGCGGUGGCGAGCGCAAGCCUAGAGGUUGUUAACCAAUGGAAUCUCCUACAAUUUGACUUCCCUCCGGAUCCGGUGUUGCUUGAGAAGUUCCAACCUGAGAACACAGUACCGGCAGGCUUAGAAAUAGGAUGGGACAGACUGUAUCUUGGACUACCUCGGCUACGUGCUGGAGUUCCGGCUACAUUAGCGUGGGUUCCUCGUUCCUUACCACCAGGCGUCAGUCCGGUUUUACAGGCGUAUCCUGAUUGGUCAUGGCACACAGCUGGCCGUGGGGACAUCAACUGCACCGGUCUGAUCUCCGUAUACCGGAUACGCGCUGACCGCUGCAACCGGCUAUGGGUACUGGACUCCGGUGUUCUUACCAGUAUCGACGACUUCCGCAGAGUGUGCCCGCCCAAGAUACUCAUCUUUGAUAUGGCAACAGACCGUUUGGUGCGAAGUGUUUACUUCCCGCGGGAAUUGUUACGCCCUGCUUCCCUUCUUACCAACAUUGUGCUUGACGACAGCAGGUCGAACUCCCGACACUCCUCUUCGUGUGACAACCUCUUUGCCUACAUUACCGACACAGUCGCUCCAGGUAUUAUCGUAUAUGAUGCUCGCAGGGACAACGCCUGGCGCGUGACCCACGCCUCCAUGUACCCUGAUCCGGAUCUCGGCGAAUACGACAUUGGUGGUGACAAGUUCACCCUCAUGGACGGAGUUGUAGGCAUCACCCAUUCUCCUGCACAGGGGCUUGUGUACUAUCAGCCUUUGGCUACUGACAGAAUUUUCAGCGUUUCCACCGCAGUACUACAGUCAGGCCCUCCAGCAGAAGGCGCCGAUUUGCCCGUAAACCUAGUUGGGCGCAAAUCAUCCCAAGGCCUCGGAAUAGCAGUCGAUCCUCGUGACGACACAGUCAUCUUCAGUCCCAUGACAGAAAACGCAAUUGCUGCCUGGAAUCCUAUUACUAAUUCGCACAGAGUGCUGGCGCAGGAUCCUGAUAAACUACAGUUCUGCGCGGAGGUGAGGUGGGCGGAACGUGACAACGGCGCCGUGUGGGCCCUAUCUUCUCGCUUCCAUAAAUACUUCAAGCGUACUGUUUCCAAGCAUGAGAUUAACGUACGUAUUGUGCGUGUCGUGGAACCCGGAUAUGGGGGCGGCUACGUCAGUGUCCAGCCGCAAAUCCUUCGUCGAUCGGCCAACUUUACACAAUCUUUAUUCUAAGCAAACAAAACUUAAUUCUUAAGCCCGUAUUAUUAAGUGCAGCUUUUAAUAAAAGACAAUGCCGAUUCAAAGUGUCAUUGAUACCAUAGCAUAACUUAGAAAUUCGUAUUGCAAAAUCAUACUUAGGGCGUUUUCAGAUUAGGCAUAUUUUCGGCGCGUGCAAGCUCGUAUUUUGUCGCUCGUACUUUUUAUCCAAAUAUUUUGACGAACUAGUGUGGUUCAGGCGCGGUGCGAUUGCCCGAUUUAGUAAGUUUAUCAUCAAGUAGCCAACUGUUUUUUUAAACAAAACACGUAAUUUGUUGGCGUAGUUUUAAACUAUUUCUGUCAAUUUGUUCGCCACUAAGAUAAUAAUAGUUGUCGCCAGAGCAGGCGUUAUUACAAAUGUACUGUACGCAACGAUAAUACGUCCGGUACGUUAACGUCCUUCCAAUACAAUCUGAUGUUUUUGAAAUGUAUAAACCUGUAAAAAUGACUUGUGGACUUAAACGCAGCUUAAAAGUUAAAUUUAAUAGCUACUGCUUCAAAUAAUAUUCGUGAAUACGGGUUUGCCACCUUUCUAUACUGAUCUUGAGGGACCAAUUUCUUUUUGAAUUUCGUUUUGCUUGUCUGAUUUUGCGAUUUGGGCACGGAUCUUAAUGUUUGACCAAAUGUCUUCCGUAGCCGAGCAAAAAUAGACUUUUAAAACGGCAGAUGUAUUUAAACACAAUAGUAUAUUGCCUUGGGUUUCGUUUACAAUUUACGAGUUGCUGGAUUUCAAAACUCGGCGUCUGCAGGCUUUAAAUUUAGGUUUUACCUAUUAAUUAUUUAACCAAUCGCCAUGUUUCGACCGUGCACUGUGUAGAUAAGUUAUAAUUCUGUUGAUACCUGUGAAUCAUUCACCGCAUCUAUUUUAAACAAAUUACAAGUUUUUUUUAAUGUCAUUACUGGACUAAAAAGUUAUUGAAUGACUUCGCCGUUACGCAUUACAAUUUGACCUGUUUUUGUUUCCUUAAUAAAAACAACUAUCUUUAACGAAUCAAUUAUGAAUAGGUUUCUCGGCUGUUGUUCAUGAAAUCGUGCUUAUCUUUUUAGAACAAGGUAAUAAAGUGCACACAUACUACUUCAAAUGCCAUGAAAUUAUAUUUUCCUGUAGACUCAUGCCACAUGCAUGUUACUAUUGCAGGCUCAGAUAUUAGUCAAGCUUUUUCAAAUAACCCACCAACGCAUUAUAUUAUAUGUACAUACAAAUGUAACGAUACAAUCAGGGUGCAUUAAAGUUAGCCGUCAUGUGCCGCUCUACAGCAGAGUGCCAUUGAAAGAGUAUAAUAUACUAAGGGGCUGCUAGAAAAUCAUUAGCAUUAGCAAACUGCAUUGUGUUGGAAGCUAGAAAGGAUGUGUUAGCUCUUCGGGGUUUGGCGUUUCGCAAUAACAUCGCUAGAAUCUGAACUCUAGGUCUCAACGACAAUCAGAGGGAACGCCAGUCUUAGAGCGUCUCCUCUGAAAUUUGGACCGCAGUUUAGGAUGACGUUGGGAGAGUGUUGGGAGUGGUCGGAUUAUGGUUAGUCCAUACGCCCCCGAUUACUCGUUGCAGAAAUUAAAUAUAUUCCCUUUUUUGACUAACGAUUGCUAUAGCAAAUAAAUAGUUAGACAAUGAUUUGUUUUCUUCUUUCAAAUGCCAAAUUACUGAAAUCAGGAAGAGAGAAAUAAGUGUGUCCACUAUCUAAGUCACUGAUUAUAGUCUCUAGCCAAUAGCCAAUAGUCUCUCUAUUGGCCUCUACCUUAUAAACUAAGUUGAAAAAAAAUUGUCAUCGCUAACCUAAUCUUGUACAAUAAUCUAAAUUAUUCGUGCGUCAAUAGCAAGGCUUGUGGCACCCGCGUUAUUAUAAAAUUGUAAUAAUGUUAUUAAACCCCGCGCGAUAUGAUUUCUAAUUUGACUGCACCCUAGAUGUUAGUUGAAUAUGUACUCCUAGGUACUAGCCGAGCAGUCACCUUUAUUGUACCUUAAAGGCUGUAAAUUUGAUAAAAACGAAAGACCAGUAAUCAAAACAUUUUCUAGGCUUAAUAAUUUAUCAUAAUUAAUUUAAAUAUUAAUUGCAGUCUACGGCAUAUUUAGUAAACCCAUACAUUUUAUAAAAACUAGGGUCUAGUCUUGUUCACGUAUGAUCUUUUGGUACCAAAUCUGCUGAAUGAUUUUUUUCUUCUUCCAAUAAAUUUCUUUAUUCAAAAAUACGUAUGAAUGCAAUGAACGAUAAAGCGUUUGUUUAA